CUCGAGCCGGUGGCAGCAGCGGCGGGAGCGGUGGAAUCGCAGUCGGGGACCCCACUCUCCCCCACCCUACGGUCCGGACAUGGACACCAGGUGGUGGGCGGUGGUGGUGCUGGCGGCGCUGCCCUCCCUGGGCGCAGGCGGGGACCCCGAGGCCUCCCCGGAGUCGUGGACGCAGCUGUGGCUCUUCCGCUUCCUGGUGAACGCCGCGGGCUACGCCAGCUUCAUGGUCCCUGGCUACCUCUUGGUGCAGUACUUCAGGCGGAGGAACUACCUGGAGACAGGCAGGGGUGUCUGCUUCCCCCUGGUGAAAGCCUGUGUGUUUGGCAAUGAGCCCAAGGCUUCCGAUGAGGUCCCCCUGGUUUCCAGGACAGAAGCAACAGAGACCACCCCGAUUUGGCAGACCCUGAAGCUGCUUUUUUGUGUAAUAGGGCUGCAGGUGUCCUAUCUGACUUGGGGUGUGCUGCAGGAAAGAGUGAUGACCCGCAGCUACGGGGCCACAGCCACAUCACCUGGCGAGCGCUUCACAGACUCGCAGUUCCUGGUGCUGAUGAACCGAGUGCUGGCACUCAUAGUGGCGGGCCUCACCUGUGUUCUCUGCAAGCAGCCUCGGCACGGGGCACCCAUGUACCAGUACUCCUUUGCCAGUCUGUCCAAUGUGCUUAGCAGCUGGUGCCAGUACGAGGCUCUCAAGUUCGUCAGCUUCCCCACGCAGGUGCUGGCCAAGGCCUCCAAGGUGAUCCCUGUCAUGCUGAUGGGGAAGCUGGUGUCCAAGCGCAGCUAUGAGCAUUGGGAGUACCUGACAGCUGGCCUCAUCUCUGUAGGGGUCAGCAUGUUCCUGCUGUCCAGUGGCCCUGAGCCCCGCAGUUCCCCAGCCACCACGCUCUCAGGCCUCCUCUUACUGGCGGGCUAUAUUGCCUUUGACAGUUUCACUUCCAAUUGGCAGGACGCUUUGUUUGCACACAAGAUGUCAUCUGUGCAGAUGAUGUUUGGGGUCAACUUCUUCUCCUGCGUCUUCACAGUGGUCUCGCUCCUAGAGCAGGGAGCCCUCCUGGAGGGGACCCGCUUCAUGGGGCGGCACAGCGAGUUCGCAGCCCAUGCCCUCCUCCUCUCCAUCUGCUCUGCCUUCGGCCAGCUCUUCAUCUUCUACACCAUUGGCCAGUUCGGGGCAGCUGUCUUCACCAUCAUCAUGACCCUCCGCCAGGCUAUUGCCAUCCUCCUCUCCUGCCUGCUCUAUGGCCACACUGUCACUGUAGUGGGUGGGCUGGGGGUGGCUGUCGUGUUUGCUGCCCUCCUGCUCAGAGUCUAUGCCCGAGGUCGGCUAAAGCAAAGGGGUAAGAAGGCUAUGCCUGUUGAGUCACCUGUGCAGAAGGUUUGAGGGGCCGAGGGUUAAGUGUCAGGAUUGCCAUGUGGCCAUUUCUCUGGCCUCCUACUCUAGCUUGAGCCCCUGGCUCCAGGGUAGAUGCAGUACUUUCAGGCUGGCUCUUGUGGAUGAGGUGGGAGCCAGGAGGCAGCCUCCCUUGCCUUAAGCCACCUGUUCCCCAGGCAGGAGUCCUGUGGCAGUCACUUACCAGACCAAGUCUGGGCCAGCUGUGGGCUAUGCCACCAGCCCUCACCUUGGGGGUCCCCACCUGACCAGCCUUUCUUACUCUUGUGAGAAAAGCACAACGCAAAUGCUGCUUCCCAGGGGUUGGACUGAGUAAGGCCCUGUGCUGGCAGUGGGCCAGCCCUGCCCAGUGCUUGCUCCUGGGCUGAGGCUCUACUGGAGUCAGGCGGUUUUGGUACUUUGGAGAUGUCACUUUUUGCUCUUAUAAUUUUAUUUUAUUAAAACUGCUGCAACAGACUUGGCCCCAUGUUUUGGUUGCCUGGAGGGGACAGCAAGGGCAGUUAUCCCAAGGCAGCUAAUAGCCUGCCUUUAGCAGCUGGCUUGCUGUGCUCAGAACAGCAAGGUACUCGGGAUCAAGCAGGGAAAGGAGAGCAGAACUGUAUAAAACUCCAUCUUCUUUAUUUCGCAUACUUUAAUUUCAGAA